AUGGCAACCCGCUCCCGGACUUCCUCUCAAGCCCAGUCCCCUUUCGAUCCGAGAGACCUGGGACCCCGACUUCCGACAACCGCCCCUAUCGAACUUGGGGAAGUCUCCCUUGAGCGGGUUACCCGCCUCCUCCUUGGACUCCUCAGCCAAGUCGAGAACCUCAAAAGGAAGCUCGAGGAAGUCAAAGAAACUGGGAUCGAAACCCAAACCAACGUCGAGAACAUAUCUCAAACCGUCGAUGUUGUCAAGGAUGGGCUUCAAAGCCUCCAGCUCCAUGGUCCAAGGACCCCAGAAACCAAGCCCCCGGUUGUGGAAGCAACGCCACAACCCCUACCAAAAACCGAGCCUAUUGGAUUGGUUAGUGGCCCCUCCUUCUGGCCCAAGCAACCAAAAGGGCUUCCCAGCUUUGCCCAGCCAGCCCCCCAGAGGGCCAUACCCCCGCGAGUCCCUUCUCCCCCUCCAUCUCCGCGUCUCCGAUCCCCCAUCGGAGCAUCUGCCCCUCUCCCUCCGGCUCCAGUUGCCGCCUAUCCAGCCCCGGUCAAAGUAGACCACCCAGAUGCCUAUACAGGCAAGAUUGGGAGUGAAGCCAAGCAAUGGCUCACAAGGAUGCUGGCAUGGACCCGGCUCAAUGCGCGUAUGUUUCCCAUGGACCAAGAAGUCCUGUCCUUCCUCCUAAUGAAUAUGAAGGAUUCUGCGGGAGCAUGGGCGCACCCUCACCUUGACCAGCUUGGGUCACACCGGGCUAUCAUCCAAACGGUCAAGGGAUUCAAAUUGGAGUUCCUGGCAGCAUUCGGCGACCCUGACGCCACAAGGGCCGCCGAGCGGAAGAUCACCACCCUUACCCAGUCCGGCACAUGCGCGGACUACAUCACAAAGUUCAGAACCUUAGCCAUGGAACUGGACUGGAACGACGCGGCCCUCCAAGGCCAGUUUGCCCGCGGCCUCCACUGGGAGGUCAGCCGCCAAAUUGCUACCCGCAAACAUCGCCCCCGAACACUCCUCGAGCUGCAAAACGCAGCACUUGUUAUUGACAACGCUCUCCAAGAAGAGCGUGCUAGCCACCCGCCAAGGGAUAAUAAGUCUAGCAAGCAACCCAACCCCGCAAGGGGAACGAGUACCGGCCAAUCAAGUACCGGUUUGAAGAAACUCUCCGACGACCCCAAUUUUGUGUCAGAGGAGGAAAGAAAUCGCCGCCGUGCCGCUGGCGCCUGCAUCAAGUGCGGCAAAAUGGGCCACAAGUUCGCGGAAUGCCGCACGGGCUGGAAGGCUACCCCUACUGAGGACAAAGGGAAAGCCAAGGAAACCGCCAAGAUUGGCGAAGACUCCGAGUACCAAUCGGGAAAAGACCACAAUAGAAUCUCCCCCCUCUUCACUAUUUCCAUCAAACCAGAGAAACAAGCGGAUCACUUAGAAGUCCUGAUAGACUCAGGCGCCACCUCAUCCUUCUUACACCCCCGUACAGCGGAACUACUCCGCCUCCCUCUAAUAGACCUACCACAACCCCGUACUGUUACUAUGCUCGAUGGAUCGAGCCCCCAGGCUGGAAAGAUUUGGAAGAAGGUCCACCUAACCUUCCUAUUUGAUGGUAAACGCAUGACGGAAACCUUCCUGAUUUGCAAUACUGGAUCACACGCUGCCAUCCUAGGAAUUAAAUGGUUAGAGAAUCAUAAUCCCGAAAUCGAUUGGAACUCGCGCACCCUCUCAUUCCCUCACACGCCCCCGGAACACAUAGCCAUUGCUGAAGAGGAGGAAGCUGACAAGACACCCCUUGAAGGAGUACCCUCCAAGUACCAUCAAUAUGCAAAGGUAUUUGGGGAAGAAGAAUUCAAUAAACUUCCCCCUCAUAGACACUACGAUAUUGGUAUUGAACUUACGGAAGAAGGACCCCUGAACUCCCCCCUUUAUAGCAUGACUGAUGCCGAAUCCGCUACACUCAAGGACUGGCUCAGGGACAAGCUCAAGGCUGGGAAAAUCCGACCCAACUAUCGUCGCCUGAACAACUGGACAAAGAAGAACGUUUACCCGCUACCCCGUCCAGAUGACCUCAUGGCCCAGCUUUGCGGUGCCAAGGUCUUCACCAAGCUAGACCUAAGAUGGGGUUACAAUAACGUCCGUGUUAAAGAAGGUGACGAAUGGAAAACGGCUUUCUGCACCAAAUAUGGCCUAUACGAAUCCCUGGUUAUGACCUUUGGCUUGACUAAUGCUCCCGCGGCCUUCCAACACUUCAUGAACGAACUGUUCAAGGAUUUAUUGGAUGUAUGCGUCAUCAUCUACCUUGAUGAUAUCCUAAUCUACUCAAAGGAUGACGCAACCCAUACCCAGCACGUCCAUGAAGUCCUACGACGCUUAAUGGAGAACCAAUUGUUCUGUAAGGCAUCCAAGUGUACAUUCCACGUCACAUCAGUGGAGUAUUUAGGAAUAAUUGUAUUGGAUAAGGGAUUCAGCCUGGAUAAGCUCAAAAUCCAGGCAGUCCAAGAAUGGCCUACGCCCACCAAAGUCAAGGAAGUACAAUCGUUCCUAGGCUUUGCCAAUUUCCUGCGCCGCUUUGUUGCCAAUUUUAGUCACAUAGCCCGGCCACUGCACAACCUGGUGAAGAAAGAUACGCCAUGGAAAUGGGAAACUAGGGAACAGGAAGCCUUCCAAAACUUGAAGGAUGCCAUCACUAGUGCCCCGGUACUCUGCCAUGCCAACCCUGCCAAACCAUACUUUCUCGAAACAGAUGCCUCUGGCGCAGCACUGGGCUCUAUACUAAGCCAACGCCAAGAGGAUGGUCGCCUACAUCCCCUAGGUUUCUUGUCAGAAUCAUUCAAAGGUGCCAAACAGAACUACAACACCCACAACAAGGAACUCCUUGCGAUCAUCCGCUCCUUUGAAUAUUGGCGAAUCUUCCUGGAAGGAACGGUCCACCCCAUAACGGUAUUCACCAAUCACAGGAACUUAGAGUACUGGAAAGAAUCCCAAACCUUCAACCGUCGUCAUGCAAGGUGGCACCUUUUACUAGCUGGCUACAAUUUCCAAAUAGUCUAUUGCCCUGGCAAGCAGUCUGGCAAACCAGAUGCCCUGUCCCGCCGCGCCGACCAUGCCAAUAUUCCGCCUGCCGACCAAACAAUGCUGCCCGACCCCGUCUUUGCCAACUUGGCACUAGUUCUACCAGAAAAAGAGCUACAAAGGCGUAUCAAGUCAAGCCUGGACCAGGACGAGUCCCUGGAAGAGAUUCUCCAAUUCUUACAAAACAAGUCCAAGGCACCACCCUCCAUCAAACGCGCGUUCAAGGAUUAUGAAAUGGAGGCUGGACUGUUGUUUUAUCAAGGACGGAUUGUAGUACCGGACGUAGGGACCUUGAGGACGGAUCUGCUCAAUAUCUUCCACGAUAGUCCGUUGGCGGGCCAUCCAGGCAGACAAAGGACUCUAGAACUAGUAUCCAGAACUUACUACUGGCCCGGCAUCCGUGCAGAUACAUACUGGCACGUUGACUCAUGUGAAACCUGUCAACGGAUUCGGAAACCCAAGUACGCGUCGAUCCCGCCUCAGCCUUUAGAACUCCCAUCACGCCCGUGGCAACAUGUGUCAUACGACAUGAUAGUAGACCUACCCAAAGACGGAAACUGUGAUUCUAUCCUGGUCAUUGUGGAUAGUUUUACUAAGUAUGUGAUCCUAGUAGAGUGCUCCAAGAAGCUCAAGGCCCCGGAACUUGCAGAUCUAUUUCUACGCCAUGUGUGGAAGCAUUACGGCAUGCCGGAGAAGACAAUAUCAGACCGCGGACGGGUUUUUAAUAACAAAUUCCUGAAGGCGCUGUACCAACGCCUGGGGAUAGACCCCCACUUCUCUUUGGCCUACCAUCCUCAAAGCAACGGGCAAACAGAACGCGUGAACCCCACGGUGGAACACUUUUUACGGGCGUACUCAGGGGUAAACCAGAAAGACUGGGUCAAGUGGCUACCAAUGGCGGAAUUUGCCUACAACAACGCGGUACACAGCUCAACAGGCAAAUCUCCCUUCAAAGCACUUUACGGCUGGGAACCUUCCUUGACUCCAAGUAACGUCCCAACGGAUGUCCCCAAGGCAGAUAAUCUGGCAACUCAAAUGGAGGAACAAUGGCGGGAAAUAGAGGCGGCACUCCGGCAAUCAAAGACACGCAUGGUAGCCGGAGAAGCAGGUAAACCACUUGAAUUCGAAAUCGGGGAAGAAGCCUGGCUGGACGCCAAGAAUGUGAAGCUGAAGACCCUUAGUCCAAAGCUAACUGAACAACGCCUAGGCCCCUUCAAGGUAACCGAGAAAAUCUCCGACAGGGCUUACCGCUUGGAACUUCCGCCAACCAUGCGGAUCCAUAACGUUUUCUAUGUGGGACUCUUAUCUAAGGUCAAGAGGGACAAAAAGCGCACCUUUGAAAAUCGCCCCCCUCCAGUCACCGUGGACGGGGAAGAGGAAUACAAAGUGGAAGGGAUAACGGACAUGGAAGAACGGAACGGAAAAUGGUUCUUCAGAGUCAAAUGGAAGGGCUACGGACCAGAAGAUAACACGUGGGAGCCCCAGGAGAACCUCAAAAAUGCGGGGAAAAUUUUGAAAAAAUACAAAGAAGAAAUGAGAAAGAAGGCCCUCGGCGCUGCCAAGGCCCUUAGAGGGGGGGCAGUGUCGUAG